AUGCCCCGAAAAUAUCGUCCAUAUGAAUCCCGCAGCUCGCCUUUCUUCUCGAAAAACCUCGAUGGCAUUCCUGACCAUGACCCCAUUACGAGCUAUCCUGAUGAGCACGAAAGUUACACUAAUAAUAGCAGUGAUGAUUCUCGAGCCAGUUUCCACGAAGAAAUAACAGCACCGAAGCUGGAAGCAAAAUCCAAGAAAGAACAGCCUUCCUAUCCAUAUCCAAAAAACGAUCAAAACAACAAGCCAUACAUAAUCUUGUAUUACGUUCUUUGUUCAUGCGCAGAGAGCCAUAGUGAUCAUGAAACGUUGGCCGUGUAUCUCGAUCAUCCGAGACUAUUCAAAGGAGACAGCAAGAUGAGUGCCCUCAGAGGCCGAGUAAAGGUUGCAGACGUUUCGAAGUAUCUCGAGCGUUAUAUGAAAAAUAUCAACUUCAUCGUUACCAAACGGUUUUAUUGUUUUGAAUAUUGCAAUCUCGAUAUUGUUCAGAAGCUGUUUCAUCGCUUACCAUUACCGGACGACCCAGAAGUCCCUGACUCGAUCCGACCGUAUUUCUUCAGUCUGCGAACCAACAGUCCCCCGGCGAACCCAUCAGCCGAGACCUUGGAGAUACGUUCCGAGUCAUUAAAGGAUGCUUUGGUAGCAGUGACUGGAAUGAGCCGCGUUGAAAUCGAGCAUCUUGAGGCUGCCGGGAACAUGAAUAUACUGCAUAACUCGAUCUACUAUUACAGUCAUAUCAAAGAACGUACUUUUGGUGCUCUUGAUUCAACAGAGAUUCGUCAUCUAAGUGACUUACUGGACUACAUGCAACUUACAAAUAAACUUGAAUGGGAAGAAGCUGAUGCGCUAAUUUCAGGGGGUCUGAUUACCCAAGAGCACAUGGCAAAAUUAUACGGUUCUAACCAAGUCUUGGUAACCACUGAAAACGGCCAUACUCGGGCCUAUAUGCUUACAAGACCGCCAAACUCAGAAAUUGUACAACCUCCUUGGGGUGAUAGCAGAUACAAAGGGCCGAUUACUCUUAGGCUGUGGUCAUGGCAAUUCAAUGGGUCGUUUUACAGGAAAGAUGAAAACUGGUCACUCGCUUGGCCAUCUUCCGGUCCUACAGACGAGCCAAUAUCGAUUUCCCAGCUUGAAAUAUAUCCAUUACGGUUUGCGUCAUCCGAGGUAGUUGAUCGACUAAAAGCUAGGGGACUGAUAUUUUGGAAGUGCCGCCACGCGAGGUUUGUGGCAUAUAAUCCUCCAAACUCGAUUCUAGAGCUGCACACUUCGACUCCACGGUAUAUGAUCGAUGGCACUACCUAUCAACAAAUGCACGGAACCUCUUCUCCCCCGCAAGAUGAUCUAGGCAUGGAAGCAAUGAAGAGCGAGGAGCCGCCGGAUUCUUCAUUCACCCUGCUCCUUCCUCAUGAGAUAUUUGGAUUUGGAAUGCAUGACAAGAAGUGGCGAACUCUUCUCGUGGAACAUAUCAAAGACAUUGACUGGAACGAAGGCGCAUUUGACCGACUUGUCUUGCAACACAGCAAAAAGGAGCUUAUCAAAGCCCUCGUCACUGUACAUACUGUGUCUGCCAAAUCAACUGACAUAAUCGAAGGCAAAGGAAAUGCCCUAAUCAUGCUGCUUCAUGGAGGUCCCGGAACAGGCAAGACGUUGACUGCAGAAUCAGUAGCAGAACUGACCCGAAAGCCUUUGUAUCGAGUGACAUGUGGAGAUAUCGGGACAAAUGCCGAGGAGGUCGAAAAGUAUCUCGACUCGGUCCUGCUGAUCGGCACAAUCUGGGGUUGCGUUGUGUUGCUAGACGAGGCAGAUGUGUUCCUCGAAGAGCGUCGGGAGACCGACCUCCAACGUAACGCGCUGGUAUCCGUGUUUUUACGGGUGCUCGAAUAUUACGAUGGAAUUCUCAUUCUCACAUCCAACCGCAUCGGAACUUUUGACAGUGCUUUCAAAUCUCGUUUUCAGCUUGCAAUCCACUACCCAGCUCUUAGCGUCGAAGGUCGCUACGAGAUAUGGCUUAACUUCAUCAAUGGAUUAAGCAAGUCGAACCCUGAUGUCAAGAUCGAUGAUCUUAAGAGCCACAUAAAUGAACUCGCUGCUGUGGUACUAAAUGGGCGAGAGAUUCGAAAUAUCGUACGCACAUCUUUGCAAUUAGCUCAUUUCCGCCAGACAACGCUUGAUUACCAGCACUUCCAGCAGGUGAUUGGAGUAGCUGAGGAGUUUGAGAGGCAUAUUAAUGAAACUCGCGGAUACACGGAUCUGGAUUGGAAUCGUAGUCGUGGUAUUCGGCCUGACUGA